GGGAGGGGCGGAGGGGAAGAGGGAGGCGGCUGCCGCAGCAGCCCGGGGCACCGCUGCUGUGGCGGCAGCGGGCUGAGCCCGGCUAGCGGCACGGCGAGCUCUGCCCGGCACCAUGGCCCAGCUGCAGCCACCCACAUUGAGGGAUCCCGAGGCGGCGGAGGUGGGUGCCGGGGCCGGCGUCCCGCUGCUGGCGGCGGGGAGCGGCCCCGUGCAGAUCCGAGUGGCUGUCCAGGCGGCCGCGGAAGAGGAGGAGGGCGGCGGGGCAAGGAGCCCGGCGGCGCUGGGCUGCAGCAGCUGCAGCGAGGAGGACUCGGGGCGGUGCGGACGCUCCAGUGGUGGGGAAAAUGAUGAUGACUCUGACCAGAACUGGAAACCACCAGAUAAUGACCUAAUCCAGAAGUUAAUAGCACAGAUUGAAUAUUACUUCUCAGAUGAGAACCUUGAGAAAGAUGCCUUCCUUCUAAAGCAUGUGAGAAGAAAUAAGAUGGGCUAUGUCAGCGUUAAACUCCUCACUUCUUUUAAGAAGGUGAAACACCUUACCCGUGACUGGAGAACCACAGCCUACGCACUGAAGUACUCAGACACUCUUGAGCUCAAUGAUGAUAACAGAAAGGUUCGAAGAAAUACUCCAGUUCCAGUGUUCCCCAGUGAAAACCUCCCUACCAGGAUGUUACUGGUGUAUGAUAUACAUAUGAUUUCUGAGCUGCAGCCUGUUGACAAACAAGAAAAUGGAUGCACGCAAGAAAGGAUAAUGGAGCAUCUUCUCAAAACCUUUGUAACUUUUGGUGUAAUUUCAUCAGUUCGUAUUCUUAAGCCUGGUAGGGAUCUACCAGCUGAUAUCAAGAGGGUCAGUAACAGGUAUCCCCAGCUAGGAACUCAAGAAUGUGCAAUUAUAGAAUUUGAAGAAGUAGAUGCUGCUGUACGUGCUCACGACUUCAUGUGUGCUGAAACGAAAGAGACUGCCAUUAAAGUUGUCCUAAUAGGUAUGAAACCUCCAAAAAAAAAAGUUCCCAAAGACAAGAACCAUGAUGAAGAUGCCAGCAAAAGUCUUAAGAAGGCCAGAUCCCUUAACAAAAGAGUUGAGGAACUUCAGUUUGUCGGUGAUGAAUCUUCAGCAAAUAGCUCUUCUGACCCAGAGAGUAAUCCUACAUCUCCACUGUCAGGACGCAAAAAUACUGCAACAAAUACUAGGAGUAAUUUGAGCCCUGUCAUUCACCCAGCCAACCAUUUGAGUCCUAAUGUGUCACCCAGAUCAAGUCCUUGGAACAGUCCAUCUUCACUAAGAAAAGUAACCAAAAAGUCUCCACUGGCUGAAGACAGCAAGCUUAACCCAAGCACUAGCCCUGAAGGAAAGAAAUGUACAGAUUACUCCUCAGAUAGCAGUAUCACUCCUUCUGGUAGCCCCUGGGUACAGAGAAGAAAAGCUCAAACUGCAACACAAGAGAAGAGUCCUGCCAGUAGCCCCAUGUUAGCUCGGAAAAUACAAAAUGCAGACGGUCUCCCUGUAGGGGUGCUGCGGCUGCCUAAAGGCCCUGAUGGCACAAAGGGAUUCCACAGUGGAUGUGAACCAAGAAGGGCUGCAAAGAAUAAAUAAAUCAUUCUUUAAAAACAAUUUCACAGAUCAGUUAACUGCUUUUGGUCUAAUCUGGUGAAAACCUGUGACGUGAAUGACUGAGAUUGUUCCAUAUUUAAUUUUAAAAUAUUUUAUAUUCAUAAACUCUAUCAUUGGUGUAUUUGCUUCAAAGAACCACUGCACUGUUGAGGUUGGAAGGCAUCUCUGGAGAUUGUCCAGUCCACCUCCUUUGCUUGAGCAGGGCCUGCUGCAGCAGGUCACUGAAGGUUGUGAAUAUCUGCAAGGAGAGCAACUCCCUAGUCUGUCUGGGCAGUGCGUUCCAAUGUUCAGACAACCACACAGGAAAAAAGUGUUCUCUUACAUUCAGGUGGAAUUUCCUGUGCUUCUGUUUGUGUCCCUUUCCCUGUUACUGGGUAUUGCCGAGAAGAGCCUGGGCUUCAUCUUCUUUACCUCCUUCCCAUCAGAUACUUAAAAAACACUGAUGAGAUCAGCCCUGAGCCUUUUCUUCCCCAGUCUAAACAGCGCCAGAACUCCAAGCCUCUCAUGAAAGAUGUUCCAGUCUCUUAAUCAUCCUACAGACUUAUCUAAUGUAAUGCCCUUAUCUGUAUUAAUUUUUUAAUGUAUUAGUUUGAAACAGAUAUAUAAAUCCUUCAUAUAACUAUAUUAUUUGCAAAGUUACCAUCCUGAAAAGCAGUAUGUAAAUACUUACAUAUUAGUGGUUGUGCUAUAUUAUUGGUCUAAUCCUAAGGAACAGAGGUUUUAAAGACCGUGCUUGACUCAAAAGGAACUCUGAGAAACUUAUGCUACAAUGAGCAGUUCCUCUCUGCUUUCAUACAUCUCCAAAGACAACAUUGUGUCCAAAAUUGUGGUCCAAAGUAUGUAUUUUCAUUUGACGUGAAUUAAGACUCUGAGCAUUGAAGAUUUCUGUAAGGUUUAUCUCAUCAGAUGGAAAUAAAUGAAAACACUUAACUUGG